CACCGCCAACCAGAACACCUCUCGGCACAAACCCCCAGCAUGGCCGACACCUGCUGUUCCAGGACCUGUGUUGUUGCUGCAUCCACCCUGUCUGUCUGCUCCAGCGACUUGAGCUGUGGCAACUGGGUCAGCUCACCCAGUGACUGCAUCGGCUCCUCCUGGCAGGUGGAUGAUUGCCAGGAGACCUGCUGCGAGCCCCCCUGCUGUGCCCCCAGCUGCUGUGCCCCGGCCCCCCGCCUGACCCUCAUCUGUGCUCCAGUGAGCUGCGAGUCCAGCCCCUGCUGCCAAGCAGCCUGCAGCAGCUCCUCUCCCUGCCAGCAGGCCUGCUGUGUGCCUGUCUGCUGCAGGCCCGUCUCUUGUAUACCUGUCUGCUGCAGGCCUGUCUGCUGCAGGCCUGUCUGCUGCAGGCCUCUCUGCUGCAGGCCCGUCUGCUGCAGGCCAGUCUCUUGCGCACCUGUGUGCUGCAGGCCCGUCUGCUGCACAUCCGUCUGCUGCACUCCUGUCUGCUGCAGGCCUGUGUGCU